AUGGAUAAGUCGUGGAUGCACGCCGAUAGAAGAUCACGGAAGUUUCAGCUAGGACUAGCAGAAUUUUUAAAGUUUGCCUCAGCGAAUGCCAGUAAUGAAAGGAAGAUACGUUGUCCUUGUUUAAAAUGUUGCAACACUGAUGGAUUUUCCAUUGGAGUUAUUAAAGACCAUAUAUUCUGGAAUGGUAUUGAUGAGAGUUAUAAGAAUUGGAGGUGGCAUGGAGCGCCUUCUACGUCUUACAUGAAUAGUAGAAUGCAAGGCGAAUCUGAAACUGUAAAUUGGGAACCUGCUAGUGGGGUAGGGAAGAAUGAUGUAGAUAUAGGAGGAAGUGAGGAUGAGGAGAUAUCUGAAGACUCAAAUGAGUUUCUAAAGUAUGUGGAGGAUGGUGAUAAGCCCUUGUACCCUGGUUGUACCAAGACAACCAAGUUGAAUGGUUUGAUUCAGACAUUCAAUCUGAAAGCAAAGCAUGGAAUGACUGAUGCUUGCUAUUCCGACAUGCUAAUAAUGAAUGGGGGUUUGCUUCCUGAAGCGAAUGAGGUUCCAGCCUCAUUGUAUGAGGCAGAAAAAACACUUAGUCAAUUAGGGAUGGAGUACGAAAAGAUCCAUGCAUGUCCUAAUGACUGCAUCUUGUAUAGACAGCAGCAUGUAGAUGCUAUUAUAUGCCCCACUUGUGGUGUUUCACGGUGGAAAUUGGGCAAGGCUAAAACAGAGAAAGAAGGGAUUCUUGCCAAGGUAUUAUGGUACUUUCCAUUAAUCCCGAGGUUGAAACGAUUGUACCAAUCAGCAAACACAUCUAAGAAUCUGACUUGGCACGACCAUGGCAGAAAAAAAGAUGGGAUGAUGCGACAUCCAGCUGAUUCCCUAACCUGGGAUUUAAUUGAUAAAACAUGGCCAGAAUUUGGGAAUGAGCCUAGGAACCUCAGACUAGCCCUCUCAUCUGAUGGCUUUAACCCCCAUAGUUCGCUAAGUAGCAGGUACUCUUGUUGGCCUGUUAUACUUGUCACAUAUAAUCUUCCUUCUUGGCUGUGUAUGAAGAGGAAGUAUAUGAUGUUGACGUUGUUAAUAUCUGGACCAAAACAACCUGGUAACGAUAUUGACGUCUAUUUGCAACCCUUAAUAGAUGACUUGAAAUUGUUAUGA